AGCACGUGGUUAUGGGACCAGUGGCGGCCAUGGGCACCUGCAGAGUCGGGGUACCUCUGCUCAGGAUCCAGGAGUCUUGAUUGAGUAUUUGAGCAAUUGCAGAGAAUGCUGAUCUUUUGCGGUGCCAAAUAAGAAUGGCCUUCGAUCUUAUCGUCACGAGACUAAUGCACACUGUGGUGCAGCAGUUUAAUUUUCGCAUGGGCAGCAUGCUCACCUCUGCCGCUAUCAUCGCCCGGAAUGGGCCAGGUGCAACGGCAUCAAAUCAGAAUCAUUCACUGGAAAGUGUUUUCAUGUCCACGCACUGUAUGCCACCCUUCGAUUUUACUACAAGUCUUUUCAGAAUUGUAGCAAGUAAGGGUAUUGCCGGAUCUGUGUAUGGACAAAGAAAAACGCUGAACUUCAACAUCAAUAAUACAUCACGAACUUCCAACACUGAGGUUGGAGAUCUUUGGCUGUGGGCAAUGAUCAUUGCAAUCGGUUGCUUACAGCUGAUGCCAUUGUCCAACUUUAUUGUUAGUGGCCGCACUAGCCCCAAAACUGCAGACAUUAUGGUAGCGUUCCUGUUGCGCUUGUCCUUAUGUAUAUGACAGUAUGAGGUCGUGAAACCUGUGGCUGCAUGUCUAUCACAGUAUCAAGAUUCACUUCUUCCUCUAAGCAUCCCAUAGUAUCUCUAUAAAACGUCGUCACUGCUUAGCUGUACUCGAU